AUGGAUAACCCAUCACUUCCUGCUGCCAUAAUGGGGGCAGCUACAUCUGUUAUUGCUUUGGGUGUUGUUCUUUUGAAAGGACUAAGAUCUAGAAGAAUUAUGCCUAGAGAACCUCAUGUUAAUCGAGAGUAUGAAAGAGAGACAUAUAUGAAUGAUAUUCUUUGUAGAGGUGAUAUGCGUUGUCUCCAUCAUAUAAGGAUGAGACCUAUUGCUUUUUAUGCGCUAUGCAAAAUUUUGAGUGAGAAUAAUCUACUUCAAGAGACCAUUCAUAUGUCCAUUAAAGAACAAGUGUUAAUUUUUUUACACACUAUUGGACAUGAUGUGAGGUUUCGAGUUGUUGGUGGGAGGUUUUAUAGAUCAGUUGAGACAGUGCACCGAUACUUUAGGCAUGUCCUUAGAGCUAUUUUGCAAUUAUACAAACACAUGAUUAGAGAGCCUGACAAAGAUACACCCUUGGAGAUAAGAAAUAGCAGCAGGUUUAACUCCUAUUUUAAGGAUUGUGUGGGAGCUAUUGAUGGAACUCAUGUUCGUGCAUCUAUUCCAAUUCAAAUACAAGGAAGGUUUCGCAGCAGAAAGGAUGGAACAACACAAAAUGUCCUCGCUGCUGCUACCUUUGGCUUAAAAUUCACUUAUGUAUUAGCUGGUUGGGAAGGAAGUGCCCAUGAUUCACGUGUCUUAAAUGAUGCACUCUCUAGGCCAAGAGGAUUAAAAAUUCCUGAAGGUAAAUAUUAUCUUGGUGAUGCUGGUUAUGGAGUUCGGAAAGGAAUUAUAUCCCCUUAUCGUGGUGUUCGUUACCAUUUGAAAGAGUUUAGUGAUAACCCGCCAAGAAAUGACAAAGAAUUAUUCAAUCUUCGCCAUUCUUCUUUACGCACUAGCAUUGAGCGUUGUUUUGGGGUUUUGAAGAAACGUUUCCGUGUGUUAGAUGCAGAACCUUUUUGGUCAUUCCCAACACAAGUGGAUGUAGUCUUAGCUUGUUGCAUAAUUCACAAUCAUAUCAUAGGAGUUGACCCUUUAGACUCUAUUAUGAACAAUGGGCUUCGUGGUAGUCCACUUGCAAAUGACAGUACAAGUAGAAGAGUCCAACAAUCACAAAGGGAAGUCCAAGAAGAAAAUAGAGAAUGGGUUCAAAUACGAGAUGAUAUCUGUCGUAAUAUGUGGGAGGAUUAUAAUGCUAUGGAGUGA